CGGAGAAGGGCAUGGAGUUGGCGGGAGCCUAUAAAAGCCCCUGAGCGCCGGCCGCGGCCACGACGCUGCGGCAGCCAGCCAGAGACUCCCGGGCGCCCGGUGCCGCCGCCGGGGCAGAAGACCAUGUCCCAUCACUGGGGCUAUGACAGCCACAAUGGACCUGCUCACUGGCACGAGAACUUCCCCAUCGCCAAUGGAGAGCGCCAGUCCCCCAUUGAUAUUAAGAGCAAGUCGGCCAAGUACGACUCCUCUCUGAAGCCUCUCAGCUUCAGUUACGAUCCCUCCACAGCUAGAAGCAUUGUCAACAAUGGGCACUCAUUCAACGUGGAGUUUGACGAUUCUUCCGACAAGUCAGUGCUGCAAGGUGGAGCGCUGGAUGGAGUCUAUAGGUUGGUGCAGUUUCACAUUCACUGGGGAUCCUGUGAGGGCCAAGGGUCUGAGCACACUGUGGAUGGUGUGAAGUAUGAUGCAGAGCUCCAUAUUGUUCACUGGAACACAAAAUAUGGUAAAUUUGCUGAAGCUGUGAAGCAUCCUGAUGGUUUGGCUGUGAUAGGCAUUUUCAUGAAGGUAGGGCAUACCAAGCCUGAAAUACAGAAAGUUGUUGAUGCUCUGAACUCCAUUCAAACCAAGGGGAAACAAGCUUCCUUCACAAACUAUGACCCUACUGGACUGCUUCCUGUAUCUAGAGAGUACUGGACAUACCCGGGCUCACUGACCACUCCUCCUCUGCUUGAGUGCGUGGUCUGGCAUGUUCUGAAGGAGCCCAUCACUGUCAGUCCAGAGCAGAUGUGCAAACUCCGUGGCCUUUGCUUCAGUGCUGAGAGCGAGCCUGUGUGCCACAUGGUGGACAACUGGCGCCCGUGUCAGCCUCUGAAGAGCAGAGAAGUUAGAGCUUCAUUCCAGUAACCUCAGUGCUGAGUGUGUUAGAAACUGAGUGUGUUUGUGAGGAGCCUCUUUUGCUAAGCACAAUUCAAACCUUUGCCAUGUGUGCCCUGGCAACAUCUUGUCUCCCAGGUCCAUUAUUUUCUUCUGCUCUGCGUCUAAAAUGCCAGCUAAUGAAACGUGAAAGGCUCUCAGCCAGACAGGAAAGGGGUUUUAUCGUGGGGGUUGGGAGAGGUGGGGGUGGGGGGAGGCUGUGUGUUUUUUGAUGGCUGUUACCACGACUGACACUAGUGUAACAGUAUUUUGGCUAUUUGGGAGAUGAUAUGGUGAUAGCAAAAUAAGCCAUUUUAAGAAACCUCAUCCACAUACAUAGUAUACAUAACUGACUUGAAGCUUGAUAACAAAAGCACAGGAAUACAGAAUAUAGGUAUGACUUAGGAAAAAAAGUGUACCGAGAUUAAAAAAAAGGAAAGUGAAUAUUGAGAAUUAGACUUCUUAGAUUUUAAGAAACUGACAUGUAAAUAUUUUUAAGAUUGUUUUACAUUUUUACCCAUGCUAUCAACAACCUCAAUUAUGUCUUAAUGGUAGUGUGUUGGAUUUUUUAAUUGAAAAAGUCCUAAAUUAAAUAUUAUCUUUAAAAAUUGUUAUUACCAUAGAAAUAAUACAGAGUAUCUUUUCAUUGAAAUAAUAUAUGCUCUAAUUUAAAAUGGAAAAUAAUAUUGUAUUUUAGAUAAAUUCUCUAAUAAAACUAUACUUAUA